AUGGGUGACAUACAUGAGCAAGCAGCCAUUAUAAUAGAAGACCUUGGAAUGCAGGAAAUUGGAAAACAGCAAUACCUCCCCUCGCCUUCUGCUUCGUCCGCUGUGAUAGCCUUGCCGGUCAAGGGUAUGAGCUGUAUGUCAUGCGUAAAUUCAAUAACCAAUGCUCUAAAGGCUACGCCUGGUAUUAACAACAUAACUGUGAGUUUGAAAGACGAAAAUGCAACUGUCGAAUAUGAUCCAUCUCGUCUGACGGUGAAUAAAAUAGCAGAGAUAAUUGAGGACUGUGGAUUCGAUGUACCGAUGCAUGCUGCUAAUACAGAUCCAGUCAAGACAAUAACGUUACCUGUUACUGGGAUGACUUGUCAGUCAUGUGUCAAGUCUAUUACCAAUUCACUUUCACUUCAUGAAGGAAUAAGAACUGUCAACGUCAGUUUGGAAAACGAAAAUGCGACUAUCGAAUAUGAUGAAACAACUAUCAGCAAAAAUGAAAUUAUUCAGAUAAUCGAAGACUGCGGAUUUGAAGUCAAUAAGCCAUCGACAGCCAUAGCAUUUGCAACUAAAUCGCUUGCAUCGCCUGGUGAUGCUACAUUUACGACUGUCACAUUGAAGAGCCCCAACCAUUUUAGAAGAUCGUUUAGCGAGCAACCUUUUACUAAAUCUGAAUUGGCGUCUGCAGACGGAGAUAUCAAAAUAGGACAACUAAGAAUACAAGGAAUGACUUGUGCCUCAUGUGUGAGUAGUAUAGAAAAAGCGCUUAGACCAACUCUAGGUAUACGCUCAAUAAAAGUAUCGUUAUUAGCCGAGAGAGCGACUGUUGAGUAUGAUUCAAUUGUGCUGAGUGAGCAAAAAAUCGCAGAUUUGAUCGAUGCGAUCGGAUUUACGGCCACUCCUAUUAAACAACAAAAAGAAGAUACUGUGGACUUGACCAUAUUCGGGAUGAACAUUGAAGCUGACGUGACUGGAAUCAGAAGAGAACUGUUCAAGAUAGACGGAAUUAUCAGCGCAUCGAUCGAUUUACCGACCGGAAAAGCAUCCAUUCAAUAUGAUAAAGAAACGCUUGGAAUAAGAGAUAUAGUUACUGCUAUUGAAGGAUUAGGUUUCAACGCACUUAUCACUGACGACAGUCAUAACGUACAGUUGGAAUCUCUAAAUCGCACAAGAGAAAUUAAAGAGUGGAAAGAAGCUUUUCACACAAGCCUUAUAUUUGCUGUCCCAGUAUUUAUUAUUUGCAUGAUAUUACCCGAAUUUGAAUGGGGGGCACGGCUAACGAACAUCAAAUUAAUACCCGGAAUAUACAGCGGAGAUCUCGUUUCUCUCAUAUUGACAAUUCCUGUUCAAUUUGGAGUAGGAAAAAGAUUCUAUAUUUCUUCAUACAAAGCCCUACAACACGGAAGUGCUACUAUGGAUGUGUUAAUUGCGUUGAGUACGACAUGUGCAUUUAUCUUUAGUUGCCUGGCCAUGCUCUAUGCUCUUUGUGCACCGCAGAAUGACAAACCAUCCACUGUCUUUGAUACUUCGACCAUGAUAAUAACAUUUGUUACCUUUGGAAGAUAUUUGGAGAACAUGGCAAAGGGCAAAACAUCCGCCGCUCUUUCUAAGCUAAUGUCACUCACGCCCUCGACAACGACAAUUAUAACCAGAGACAGUAAAACAGGAGAAGUGACAUCAGAGAAGCGUAUCCCAACCGAGUUAAUACAAGUUGGAGACAUUAUAAAGAUAAUUCCCGGAGAUAAAAUACCAGCUGAUGGAACGAUAAUAUCAGGUAAUUCUAUUGUGGAUGAGUCGAUGGUCACUGGUGAGGCUGUUCCAAUACAGAGACAAAAAGGAGAAGCAGUUCUAGGAGGCACCGUCAAUACACUGGGUACAUUUGAAAUGAAAGUUUCUAGAGCAGGGAAGGACACGGCUCUAUCUCAAAUUGUGAAAUUAGUGGAAGAAGCUCAGACGUCGAAAGCUCCAAUCCAAGCAGUAGCGGAUGCAGUCGCCGGAUACUUUGUUCCCAUAGUUAUAGCCUUGGGUUUGUUGACAUUUGUAACAUGGAUGAUAUUGUCGCAGAUAUUGGAUCCACUUCCCAUGAUCUUUAGCCAUGAUAAAAGUUAUUUAAUGGUGUGUCUACAAUUGUGUAUAUCAGUGAUAGUGGUGGCAUGUCCGUGUGCGUUAGGAUUGAGUACACCUACCGCAGUGAUGGUCGGUACCGGCGUCGGGGCAGAAAAUGGGAUUUUAAUUAAAGGAGGCGGUCCAUUGGAACUUAGUCAAAAGGUUACCGAUUUGGUAUUUGAUAAGACAGGAACACUAACAAAGGGCCAGUUGGAUGUUGCAGAUUAUGUAUUGAUGUCAGACUCUAUCCAAUUAACAAAGGAAACUUUUUUUGCUAUUGUCGGUGCGGCUGAGUCCUCUAGUGAACAUCCUUUAGGUAGAGCUAUCGUCGAGUAUGGAAAAACGCUCUUGGGGAUAAGUUUUUACGAUGCCGAUGUGUCGAACUUCGAGGCAGUUAGCGGAAUGGGUAUUCAGUGUGACGUAGUGCUCAAUCCAUCUACUAUUCCCAUGCAUAAUCAAUUUCCAAACAAGCCGGGCGCUAAUACAUCAUCAUAUAAUGUGCUAGUUGGUAACAGGAAGUUUCUGAAAGAACAUCAUCAGAUAAACAUUCCUGUUUCAGUCAUUGAUAUUGAAGAGUCACAUGAGAGACAAGGCCGCACAACUGUCCUAGUUGCCAUUAAUAACUCGUUCAUCGGCAUGAUAUUUUUAUCGGAUACCAUUAAACCAGAAGCUUUCAUUACAGUAGCAGCUCUGCAAAAAAUGGGAAUAUCAGUUUCCAUGGUAACCGGGGACCAGGAAUUGACAGCGCAGGCGAUCGCAUCUCAGUGUGGCAUUACUCAGGUACAUGCAGGUGUGUCUCCUAAUGGCAAAAAAUUGAUAAUUCAAUCACUUCAGAAGCAGAGUGCAAAAGGCAAUAUAGUUGCAAUGAUCGGAGAUGGCAUCAACGAUUCGCCUGCUUUAGCUGCAGCAGAUAUUGGAAUAGCUUUAUGUUCAGGAACAGACAUAGCAAUGGAAGCAGCGGAUAUGGUCCUUAUGCGAAACGAUCUCUUGGACGUUGUCGCAGCCCUUGACCUAUCACGGACCAUAUUUCGUCGUAUACGUAUGAACUUCGUCUGGGCUUCUUUAUAUAAUGUUCUGAUGAUACCAUUAGCUAUGGGAAUUUUCAUUCCGUGGGGAUUGCAUUUACAUCCAAUGAUGGCGGGAGCAGCAAUGGCGGCGAGCAGUGUGAGCGUAGUGUGUAGUAGCUUAAUGUUGAAAUGGUGGAGAAAGCCAAUAUGGGAGGAAAACAAAGUGACCGGAACGGUGGAGAGGGUGAAAACGAAACAUAUACUUUUGGAGGCGUUGGAUUGGUGGGGGAAGAAGCGUGGUUAUAAUAGAUUGCCGCAGGAUAAUAUUGACCUCGUGUGA